CACUCGCAGCUUUUAAUCUAAGAUUAACACAACCCUCGAAUCUCAGGUUUUCGUUGAAGUUAGGAGAUGGAAACAAUGUCUGAAAAAGUGGGAGCGGUCGGUGGUAACAAAGGCGGACCAUUUGACGAUGGUGUCUUCGAUGGUGUGAAGAAAAUAACUGUGGGAAAAGACUUCCACAGUGUUUCUUAUAUCAAGAUUGAGUACGAAAAGGAUGGAAAUUUUGAAACCCGUGAACAUGGAACCAUUCGUGGAGAACUUCAAGAGUUCACGGUGGAUUAUCCGAACGAAUAUAUCACAUCUGUUGGUGGAAGCUACGAACACGUUUUAAGUUAUGGAACAGUGCUGAUCAAAUCUUUACGCUUCAAAACCUCAUAUGGAAGGACCUCUCCCAUACUCGGUCAUAAGACGUUGUUUGGAAAUCCAGAUGGGAGAGAAUUCUUGCUAGAGGGUAAAGAUGGUGGAAAGCUUCUAGGUUUCCAUGGACGUUCUGGUCAAGCUCUUGAUGCCAUUGGUCCUCACUUCUUCGCUGUGAAAUCCCCUCUUAAGCACUAUAACCGUCAAGGUGGGAACGGAGGGAGUGCAUGGGAUGAUGGCGCUUUUGACGGUGUUAGAAAAAUACUUGUUGGCCGUGGUGGUAAAUUUGUGAGUUAUGUGAGGUUUGAGUAUGCGAAAGGCCAAGGAAUGGUGCCACAUGCUCAUGGGAAGAGACAAGAGGUUCCACAGGAGUUUGUCGUGGAUUAUCCUGAUGAGCAUAUUGCCUUGGUGGAGGGAACCAUCGAUGGCUAUCUUACAUCGCUUAGGUUUAAGACAUCAAAAGGAAGAACUUCCCCUGCUUUUGGUAAUGUGGCUGGUAGGAAAUUUGUGUUCGAGGAAAAAGAUUUCAAGCUUGUCGGGUUUUGUGGUCGGUCCGGUGACGCUAUCGAUGCUAUUGGCGCACAUUUUGCCCCUCUUCCACCUCCACCUCCAGCUCCAACUCCUGCUCCAACUCCAGCUCCAACUCCAGCGCCCACCACCACCACAAAGAUGGGACCGCUCGGAGGUAACAAAGGAAACACAUUCGACGAUGGCAUUUUGGAUGGUGUGAAGAAAAUAAUCAUCGCAGCAGAUGAGUACAGUAUAACUUAUAUCAAGAUCGAAUACGAAAAGGAUGGAAAAGUAGAGAUACGUGAACAUGGGACAAAUCGUGGGGAGCUAAAAGAGUUUUCGGUGGCCUAUCCGAAUGAAUAUAUCAUAGCCGUUGGUGGAAGCUACAAGCAUAUUUUCAACUAUGAUACAACGCUUAUUACAUCGCUAUACUUCACAACCUCCAAAGGAUUUACGUCUCCAUUGUUCGGUGAGAUGAAGGGAACAGAGUUCGAGUUCAAAGAUGAAAAUGGAGGAAAGCUUGUUGGAUUCCAUGGACGUGGUGGCUAUGCUAUUGAUGCCAUCGGUGCACAUUUUGCUCAAGCUACAACCUCUUCUUCGUCUUCUCUCAUCAAAGUGGAAGCUGUAGGAGGAAAGGGUGAAGUAACAUUCGACGAUGGUUCUUUUGAUCAUGUAAGAAAAAUUUUUGUUGGUCAAGGGAAUUCUGGUGUGUCUUAUAUCAAGUUCGAAUACGAGAAAGACGGCAGAAUUGUGACACACGAGCACGGACAAAAGACAUCUCUAGGAACAGAGGAGUUCGAGGUUGGUCAAGGCGAUGACAUCACAUCUGUGAAAGUUUACUACGAUAAACUCUAUGGCUCGAAGGCAGAAAUAAUAACGUCUCUUACAUUCAAGACACUGAAGGGCAUCACCUCUCAGCCUUUUGGAAUGACCUCAGCGAAUUUGUCAUUACUCGAAGGUGGCAAAAUCACCGGCUUUCAUGGAAGUUCGACGGACGUUCUUCAUUCUAUUGGAGCCUAUAUUUCGGCUUCUCCUCGGACGAUGUUGCAUGGCAAGUGGAUUCAGGUGGAGCAAAAAGGAAAGACUCCUGGACCAAGAUGUUCUCACGCUAUAGCAAUGGUGGGAAGCAAAAUGUACGCUUUUGGAGGAGAGUUAACGCCAAAUUUUCACAUCGAUCGACACCUCUACUUCUUCGAUUUCAAGACUCACAGAUGGUCAGUCGCUGAUCCAGACGGUGACGUUCCUGAGCUCCCUUGCUUAGGCGUUUGCAUGGUAGCCAUCGGCACUACACUCUAUGUCUUUGGUGGCCGCGAUGGCCACCGUAACUACAACGGCUUCUACUCUUAUGAUACGGUUGAAAGCGAGUGGAAACUCAUAACUCACGUCAAUAAAGGACCUGCACCGCGUAGCUUCCAUUCGAUGGCUGCCGAUGACAAGAACAUCUAUGUCUUUGGUGGAGUGAGUACUACAGUACGUGUCAACACACUUCAUGCUUACAACAUCAUUGAUCAGAAGUGGACUGAGCUUCCGAAUCCAGGAGAGUCUUGCAAAGGGAGAGGUGGAGCGGGGCUUGCGGUUGUGCAAGGGAAGAUUUGGGUUGUGUAUGGGUUUAUUGGGGAUGAAGUGGAUGAUGUUCAUUGCUUUGAUCCAGUUGAAAAUAAGUGGACUAAAGUGGAAACACGGGGAGAAAAGCCGUGGGCGAGAAGCGUGUUUGCCCUGGCCGUUGUGGGGAAAUAUAUAAUUAUAUCUGGAGGUGAGAUCGAGAUGGACCCAAAGGCUCAUUUAGGUCCCGGGAAAUUGGCCGGUGGAACUUUCGUGUUGGACACUGAAAGUUUGUUGUGGGAGAAACUUGAGGAAGGUCAUAGCCCUCGUGGAUGGAUGGCAUCCACAACUGCGUCCAUUGAUGGGAAAAAAGGGUUGUUGAUGUAUGGAUGGAAAGCUCCGACCAACGGUCGUUAUGAAGACAUCUUUUUCUAUGGAGUAGACUCUGCUUAAGAGUUAAGACCGUUCGGUGUUUGGUGGGGUUUGGGAGUUUUAAGACAUCAUUUGCUUGUGUGUUUUAAAAAUGUCUACAUUUUCCGUGUGUGGUCUUUAUGAAAUAAAUCCAAUCAAUAAGAGUAUAACUGGCUUUUCAAAUAAUGUAUGUGUGUGUAAAUCAUUUUAUUUUACUGCUACAAACAAUCAUAUCAGUUUUA